GCGGAGACACUAGUCAAUAUGGGGCUGUUCAUAGGCUUUUCUUUGAAGUUAUCUGUGUCCGUAAUGAAAAUGGACGAGGUUGUGGCAUUUUAGCGGGUGCAGAAGACCAAGGCGAAGCCUGGGGUUGAAGGGUACGGCGAAUGCAGUACUGAACCCGAAAACCUCGCCUUUAACGAGAAAUCAUAUCGCUGUUGCAACAGCCGUUACCCCCACAAUGAGCUCCGAUCGCCAGAGCGACAGCGAAGACCCUGAUGAGUCUCAGGUGGACAGCCACUGUAUAGUAGAUUCAAGGGAAGGCCCGGACGACGAGCGCUAUGAUGAAGAAACGGAAAACCUACGGCAGAGAUCACCUCCUCCUCCGGACAGGGACGGGACUGCCCCGCGGCGGAGUAGCUCCAGGCCGGUGUCUGUAAAGGACAGCUCUAAAGCUCAGUCCACUAGUGCUUCGGGAUUCAGGACCGAGGGGCUGGCGAGCGUUUUCGGGAGCAAUGUGUUCCGAUGGCUGCGAGAAAGGACAAUUGGGAGAGGACUUUUUGUGGACCCUGCACGGGAUAACUUCCGGACAAUGACAAGUUUGUACAGUUCGAUGAAUCCGGCUGCAGAUUCGGUCAAUAUGAAUACCAAAACGCACGGUGCAGUGUUCAAUUUAGAGUACUCGCCUGAUGGGUCUGUGCUGACGGUAGCAUGCGAGCAGACAGAGGUUCUACUCUUCGAUCCCAUUUCCUCCAGACACAUAAAAACCCUGGUGGAGGCCCACGAGGACUGCGUGAACAACAUCAGGUUCCUGGACAAUCGGCUCUUUGCCACCUGCUCGGACGACACCACCAUUGCACUGUGGGAUUUGCGGAAGCUGAACUCCAAGGUGUGCUCCCUGCACGGACACACGAGCUGGGUGAAGAACAUCGAGUACGACACCAACACCCGCCUCCUCGUCACCUCCGGCUUCGAUGGCAACGUCAUCACCUGGGAUACCAACCGGUUCACAGAGGAGGGCUGCCCACACAAAAAGUUCUUCCACACGCGCUACCUAAUGAGGAUGCGCCUGACGCCCGACUGCUCCAAGAUGCUCAUCUCCACCUCCUCAGGCUACCUGCUCAUCCUGCAUGACCUGGACCUCACCCAGUCCCUGGAGGUGGGCAGCUACCGCACCCUGCGGGCCCGCCGGACCACCCCCAGCGCAGAGGGCACCACAUCCAGCUCCAGGUCUGCAGGAGCUCAGUCUCAUGGCACUGACUCCAGUAAGAUCCACCCACAGCCCACGCAGAGAGAAGGCGGCUCCCCGAGGAACAGCCUGGAGGUACUGACCCCGGAGAUCCCUGGGGAGAGGGACCAGGGGAACUGCAUCACCUCCCUGCAGCUCCACCCCAAAGGCUGGGCCACGCUCAUCCGCUGCUCCAGCAACAUGGACGACCAGGAGUGGACCUGCGUGUAUGAGUUCCAGGAGGGGGCCCCGACACGCCCCCCCGUGUCCCCGCGCUGCUCGCUGCGGCUCACCCACUACAUCGAGGAGGCCAACGUCGGGCGGGGCUACAUCAAGGAGCUGUGCUUCAGCCCCGACGGGCGCCUCAUCUGCUCGCCCUACGGCUACGGCGUGCGCCUGCUGGCCUUCGACGGGCGCUGCGGCGAGCUGGCCGACUGCUCGCAGGCCGAGACCAGCUGCCUGCGCGAGGUGCGCUCCAUCUACUCCCACAGCGACGUGGUGCUCACCACCAAGUUCUCCCCCACGCACUGCCAGCUGGCCUCCGGCUGCCUCAGCGGCCGCGUCUCCCUCUACCAGCCCAAGUUCUGAGCUCUCUGGCGCCCUCUGGAGUCAGCCCUGGGUGAGGCA